AUGUGUUGUGAAGAUAAGAAAACAAAUAUAAAGGAUUAAUAACUAUAAUUGAAAUAAGAAUAGAAAAAUAUUAAAAUAGUAAUUUUAGGAGAUAGUGGAGUUGGUAAGACAAGUCUUAUUUAGAAGUUUUGUUUUGAUACUGUAAUAUUUUCUAAUUGAUUUAGCUAUCAGAAAAAGAAUAAACAACUCUAGGUGUUGCAUAUUAGAGUGCAUAGAUUAUAAUUAAGGGAUAAGUAUUAAAAUUACAUAUCUGGGAUACAGCAGGAGGUGAACGCUAUAGAUCAUUGGCAUAAUUAUGUUAUAGAGAUGCUAAUGUAGCAAUUUUAGUGUAUAGUAUUACAAGUAGAAAGGCAUUUGAAUAGAUUUAUUAUUGGGAAUAAGAAUUACUUGAGAGAUGUAGUAGUAUAUUUGAUAUAAUGUAAGUAGUUUAGAUUUGUGUAUUGGAAUGGCAGGGAACAAAAGUGAUUUAAUUGAAGAGAGAGAAGUAUUUAAAGAUGAAGCUAAGAGAUAUUCAAAAUAAAGAGAUUUUGUAUUUUAUGAGACCUCUGCAAAGACUGGAGAAGGAAUAUAAAUGCUAUUUACUGAAAUAAUAGAAAAAUAUUUAAGAUAAAAAUAAUAAUGA